AUGGAAGAGGUCCUUCAAAAAUGCGACAAGUUGUUAGUGCAUUGCACCUUUAAUAGAAAGGUAAAGAAUUGUGUCGAUAUGUUCAGAUUGAUUAAAACAUACGACGGUCACUGUUGUACAUUUAACUACGCCGCUCUCAAUGAUGACCGCAAAGGUUCUGUGUCAGCGAAAGAUGAAGACAUUGAAUAUUACGAAGAUCCAAGUGGUGAGGAUGUCACCACAAAUCAACCUAUAGUGGUAACCUCGGAGUCGGGCAGGGGAUCUGGUCUCAGUGUUAUUUUGAACGUAGAACCAAAUGAUUAUCCAAAUUGGUCUGGCGUACCGUACUACGGGGCGAAGAUUUUGAUCAGCGACCCUAACGAUUAUCCAGAGAUCACAGUUUCGUAUAGAUUUUUAAGUCUAGGAGAGUCUUUAGAUAUGAAAGUACAACCGUUAGUGUUUCAAUGUGAGGAGGAUAUUCGCAAUGUGUCUCCGGAGAAGCGCGCCUGCUGGUUCCACGAUGAGGUCUUGUUGCAAUACACUGAUCGAUACAGCUAUGAAACAUGUUUAACGGAAUUGAGGUCAAUACCAAUUUGCGAGUUUCAAAAUUUGGAAUGCUUAAACAAUGUAACAAUUUUCUUUUACCAAGGUUACAUAUCGGAGGAGGAUAGAGCCUGCGAUCCGGUGUGCUACAUGGAGUGCUGGGACAAGAGAUACAGUGUAUCGAGCGAUGUAACUCCAUUCCUUCCGGACAUUUUUGCUACUAGUGUAACGUGA